AUGAAGAAGCCGCGCCACCAGCUGGGUUCUCACGCGCCGCCGCCUCUAAAGGGGAGCUUCUACUUUGUUUUAAUUAUCUUAUUCCUGUUGGGGAUUGCUGGAGCUCAAACUACAAGAAAUGCCACCGUUGAUCCUUCUGAAGCAAGAGCUUUGCACUCUAUAUUUCAGCUUUGGGGAAUUUCUGGAACAAGUCAAAGAUGGAACAUUAGCGGCGAAUUAUGCAGCGGAGUUGCAAUUGAUGAUACAGCAAUUCACGAUAUCAAUCCGGGUAUUAAAUGUGAUUGCUCUUUCAACAAUCGUACCGUUUGCCGCAUUACUGCACUGAGAGUUUUUGCAUUGGAUGUUGUGGGUCCAAUCCCGAAUGAGCUCUGGAAUUUGACUUACCUUACUGAUAUGUACGGUUAUUUUUUUCUAUUAGUUGAUUUGAUCAAAAAUCUAGCCCAAAAUUAUUUGACGGGUCCACUGCCUGCAUCUAUUGGAAACCUCGCUCGCAUACAGUACUUGAGUCUUGGAAUUAAUGCAUUAUCAGGGGAGCUUCCUAGGGAGCUUGGGAUGUUGACAGACUUAAGAUCGUUGGUUUUCAGCACAAACGAUUUCUCUGGUCUUCUACCAUCUGAGCUUGGGAAUUUAACAAGACUAACUCAAAUUUACUUUGAUAGCGCUGGAGUUAGUGGGCAAAUACCCCCAUCAUUUUCUAGUCUAACGGGAUUGGAGAGUGUGUGGGCCUCAGACAAUGAAUUCACUGGUCAAAUUCCUGACUUUAUCGGGAAUUGGUCAAAUCUACUUGUCCUGAGAAUAAGUGAUCUAUCUAAUGGAAGCUCUACACUGGACUUCCUUAGAAAUAUGAUGUCUCUUGGCACCUUAGUUUUGCGUAAUAAUAACAUUUCUGGUUCCAUACCUUCCAAUAUUGGUGACUAUCAGAGUUUAACACUGCUGUUUCUUGGUAAUAAUAAUUUGAAUGGUGCCCUGCCUGCAGUAAAGGGUCCAACUCUCCAGAACAUUGCUCUGCCUUCAGGAUUGAAUUGUUUGCAACAAAAUUUUCCUUGCAGUCGAGGAUCACCUACCUUUUCCAGCUUUGCAUUUAAAUGUGGCGGGCCACAAAUUCGUUCAUCAGAUCAGAUUGUGUAUGAGAUGGAUAGUGAGACUCUUGGUCCGGCAACAUAUUACACGAUCGAUACAAACAGGUGGGCAGUUAGCAAUGUUGGUCUGCCUUCUGGUAGCGGCAACCCACAAUACACGAAUACUUUGGAGUCAGAGUUGUUUCAAACUGCACGAAUUUCUGCUGGAUCUUUGAGAUACUACGGCUUGGGUCUUGAGAAUGGUAAUUACACUGUGAGACUUCAGUUUGCUGAGAUCCAAAUUCUAGGCACUAGAACUUGGAUGAGUCUUGGAAAGCGUGUUUUUGAUGUAUAUAUUCAGGGGAAACUGGAGCUGAAAGACUUUGACAUACUAAGAGAGGCUGGUGGGACUGCUUUGAGAGCUGUUAAGAGGGAAUUGCAAGUAGAAGUGUCUGAAAACUACCUUGAAAUUCAUCUCUUCUGGGCUGGAAAAGGGACUUGUUGUGUACCUUCUCAAGGUACAUAUGGACCUUUGAUUUCGGCAAUAAGUGCCACCCCAGAUUUCGUUCCCACCGUUAGAGACAGACCUCCAAGUAGGAAGAACAGGACUGGCCUGAUUGUAGGGAUUGUAGUUGCAGUCGGAGCCGUAAGCUUUCUUUCUGUAUUUGUACCAUACUAUUUGGCUCAGAGAAGAAGAAAGAAGAAGAGCUAUGAGGAUGAAGAAUUCUUGGGAAUGGAUGCCAGACCUUACACGUUUAAUUAUGCGGAGCUAAGAGCUGCAACAGAUGACUUCAAUCCUGAUUAUAAGCUUGGAGAGGGAGGAUUUGGACCUGUGUACAGGGGAACACUUGAGGAUGGAAGAGUUGUUGCUGUAAAACAAUUUGGGUAUCUUGCACCUGAAUACGCCAUGCGCGGACACCUUACCGAGAAAGCAGAUGUAUUUAGCUUUGGCGUUGUAGCUCUAGAGAUUGUUAGUGGAAGGCCGAAUUCUGACUCAAGUUUGGAAGACGAUAAAAUGUAUCUUCUUGAAUGGGCUUGGAAUCUUCAUGAGACAAACCAAGAAAUGGAACUCGUUGACAGAACAUUAUCCGAAGUGAACGAGGACGAAGUAAAAAGAAUUAUAGGAGUGGCUCUUCUGUGCAGUCAAACAUCGCCCAGUUUGCGGCCUUCAAUGUCACGUGUGGUGUCGAUGCUUUCUGGAGACAUUGAGGUGCCCCCAGUCACUUCAAAGCCGGGAUACCUGACUGACUGGAAAUUCAGUGAUGCAACAACCUUUAUGUCGAACACAGAUAGUUCAACUUCAAGAACUGAUAUUAGUCAAGGCAAUCCAUCAAAUAUAACAAGCAUGGCAUCUACAGACCCAUCUUAUUCGCCUCUCACUGAUUCGAAACCCAUUCUUCAUGAGAUUAUUGGCGAGGGGAGGUGA